AUGUUGAUCGACGACGAAGUAGCAUUACGAGAAUGGCUCGUUGCAACACUCGAGCCGAUAUGCGACGCGGAGCCCAUGGCUUUAGCUCGUUAUGUUCUCGCUUUGGUAGCGAAAGAUAAACCAUUAGACAAAUUACGCGAAAACUGUAUUGAUCGAUUAGAAGUCUUUCUUGAUCGUGCCACAAAAGAUUUUGUUGAUCAACUGUUUGACGUCAUUCGAAAUGGACGGUAUAUUCCAGAGGCAAAAAAAGAAAAUGUGCAACCUAAAGCGAGUGAUAGUAGUGACGAGAAAUCAGCAGAAUCAUCUGAACUAUUAGAACCACAAAAUUCUUCGUCGCCAGCGAAACAAGAUAAUGAACAACAACAGCAACAAAUCCCUACUACUUCCCAAGACACAUUAUCUUCUGAACAAACCACAAUUGCUCAACAACAAUCAUCUGGAGCGAUAAUCCAACCUGUUAAAAGGCGGUAUUCCUACCGUUCAUCUUCCGGUCGUCAUCAUUCGCCUAAUCCGCGACGGCAUGUGAAUACGACCAGUGGCGGUGCUAAUCGCCAUCAGACAUCGUCACACUAUCGCCAAACAACAAAUUCCAAUAAUCAACGUUCGAAUCGUUCAUCGUCUCGCUCACGUUCCGGUUCACCGCCGCCAGCAAAACGUGCACAACGUUCCUAUUCACAUUCAUCAUCCGGUUCAUCCUCACGUUCCUCGCCAUCACGUCCAAUCAGUACUAUUCAUCAAGCACCGACGACAAAUACAAAUUUUUUAUACAAAAAAAUACCUUGUAGUGAUUUUUUUGAAAAUAAAGGUUAUUGUGCACUCGGAGAUUCAUGUCCAUAUGAUCAUGGAACAAAUGCUCUUGUUUUCGAACAACAACAGCAGCAACAGCAACAACAACAACAACAACAACAAACAUAUUAUCCGCCUUAUCAGCAAUAUGGAAUGCCUCCAGCUCAUCUUCAUCCGCAUUACCACGAAUAUAAUCCUGAAACACCUGAAUUAAAACAUGGAUCACAUCAAGGUCCACCAAUGUUCAUGAGACAUCCUAUGCAUCACCAUCAUGCGCGCAUGCAAGGCCCACCAUUAUCAGCAGGACAACCACCAUUAUCACAACAGCAAAUGAUGAUGAUGAAUCCUCAGCGUACACUUGUUACUGUGGUGACCAAUGCUGAACCAUUGCCGCUCGAACAAAAACUACGACAAAAUGAUUCAAUGGGAAUGCCGAGCGGUCCGAUGAUGUACCCUAAACGGCAUGGUACUGCCGGCCCUUAUCCAAAUGAUCGACGACCACAACAACAAAUGCAACAACAGCAUCAACAUCAACAUCAGCAUCAGCAUCAGCAUCACCACCAGCAACACCAGCAGCAGCAGCAACAACAAGAACAAGCACCAGCUAAUGAUUCAAAUAACAAUACUAACACGGCUAACAGUCAUACGAACCCUUCGAAUUCAAAUAAUGGAUAUCAUGGACGAGGAUGGAAACGUCCAUGGCAAAAGCCAGAUGGAUCUAGUGCAACACCGGCCACUCUUGAAAUACGUAAAAUUCCGGUUGAAUUCAAUACCAUUUCCAAAUUGAACGAGCACUUUAGCAAGUUCGGUACAGUUACAAACGUUCAAAUUGCUUAUGAUGGAGCACCCGAUUCAGCUCUGGUUGCCUAUGCGACCCAGCACCAAGCUGAAACAGCUUAUAAAAAUCCUCAACCAUUAUUUAAUAAUCGUUUCAUUAAGAUCUUCUGGCACAACAACAAUAAGGGACAAUCUUCUGGUAACAAUAGUAAUAGUUCUAAUCAAUCUACGCAGCAACCAACAGCGACAGCAUCGUCGUCGUCGUCGUCAGAUGCUGCACCAACUAAGAAACCAUCGACGAGCACACCCAAUCCCAUGAAACUUCACUGGAUGAAAAUGCAACAACUAUCAGGAAGCAAAGCCGAUCAAACGUCAACGACUACUCAGCCAACUACAACUCAAACAACGGCAACAGCAACGGUAACUCCCGCAGCGGUAGCGGCGUCCGUAGCCCCUGUAGCUGCGCCAGCUUCAAAGAAAACGGCUCACCCAUCUUCAACGAUUACGAAAAAAGAAGCAGUGAAGAAAGCUGCCGUUGAAAUUCAACGUAAAAAACAAGGCCUACUCGAAGAACAAAUUCAACAGCAGAAAUUAUUACUAAAAAAACUAGAAGUCGCUGAGACAAACACUGAGAAAGAAUCUAUUCGAUCGUUGAUGAAACAAGUCGAUUCUACUAUUGUGAUGCUUAAAGAUUCACUACGUUUAACAGCACCCGUGAAAACAUCAUCAUCGUCUUUGUCAGCAGCAGGAUCAUCAACAUCAAAGCCGGUCCCGCCGACAAAAAUUAGUCAGCAGGACGCACUCAAACAACGUGCGCAGACUUUACGGAAACAACUUGAGACCCUAAGAGCUAAAACAUCAGCAGACAUGCGUCGUGCAAUGAGCUCAACAUUAGGUCAAUCAUCAUUCAAUUUGACAAAUGCUCACAAUGAUAAUGAACAUAAUACCAAACAAAAACAACUAAUUAUUAAAAACAUUAAUGAUUUACCACGAAGUGAAUUAGAAGAAUUUUUAAAGAAAUCUGGAGCAACGAAAAUUCAACCGGGUGAUAAUGACAAUACACUACUUGUUACGUAUUCUUCUCAAUCGGAUGCAGAUAAAAUACAACAGAAUGGACUAACGUUUCAGGAUCAUAAUCUUGACGUCUCUUUCAACGCAGACACGUCGUUAAACACCAGUGGUAAAAAGCGAACUCUCUCAGAAACCAUCGAAGAUGAACUUCUUGGCGCGACAUCCGCGGAGACGACCCAUGAAGGUGCAGAGGACGAUGACGAAGGCGACGGUGAUGAACCCGAAGCAAAACGAAGAAAUCAAAGUCAAACCAGUGAUGUCGAUGAGAGCGAAGAUAUUGAAGAAGAUCAACUCUUAGCGGAUACUAGUCGAUCGUCAAAUAAUCGUGAAUCAAAACGUACAAAUCUUUCUUUGAAUAGUCAUGACGAAUUGAAUCAACAUUACGAAUUUGAACCCCAAGAUCUUGACGAUGAAGUUCAAUUACUCGACUCUUGA